UACUAGCCAGCCUGACCAUCUCCCACACCACACCACACCACUCUCCAUCUCCAUAUCAUACAUUUCAUUUCAUCAUCUAAACAAAAAUCAAAGGCAGAAGAAUCUAUAAAUAGAAGACAACUUUUCGUUAAAUCAAACCAACAACAAUGAAGCAUCACCAUCACCAACCCUCAUCUGAGGCUGUAUCUUCAUCAUCUUCACCCGCAGAAGCAGCAGUUUCCUCCUCCUCACAACCGCCGCCGCCGCCACCACCGUCCUUACAGCUCAUGAACGCCACCACUCCGGCCACUGACGACCACCCUACGCCGCCGUAUUCUCGCGAUUGUUCCUCCUCCUCCUCCUCCUCCACGUCAUCAUCAUCCUCAUUGGAGUCCGUGACAAUCGAGCGGCGCGGUGAAUACGCCGCCGUGUGCCGAUGGACGAUCUUCAAUUUCCCUAGGGUUAAGACUCGGAUAUUAUGGAGUAAGUAUUUUGAAGUCGGCGGUUACGAUUGUAGGUUGUUAGUGUACCCUAAGGGCGAUUCACAGGCAUUGCCUGGAUAUAUAUCGAUAUAUUUACAAAUUAUGGACCCUAGAGGAACUUCCUCAUCCAAAUGGGACUGUUUCGCUAGUUAUCGGUUAACUGUUGUAAACCUAACUGAUGAUUCAAAGUCUAUACAUCGUGAUUCAUGGCACAGGUUUUCGACCAAGAAGAAGUCGCACGGAUGGUGUGAUUUCACCCCAUCUGCAGCGAUUCUCGAUGCGAAAUCCGGGUUUCUGGUUAGUGAUGAUUGUUGUGUGGUUAUCACUGCUGAUAUUUUGAUAUUGAAUGAGAGUGUUAACUUUGUGAGGGAUAACAUUGAGCUUCAGUCGAGUUCUGUGUCCACUUCUGUUCCGGUUGGGGAUGUGUUGAGUGGGAAGUUUACUUGGAAGGUGCAUAAUUUUAGUUUGUUUAGGGAGAUGAUUAAGACACAGAAGAUAAUGAGCCCGGUGUUUCCUGCGGGAGAGUGUAAUUUGCGAAUUAGUAUUUAUCAGAGUUCGGUUAAUGGAGUGGAUUAUUUGUCCAUGUGUUUGGAGAGUAAGGAUACUGAGAAGGCGUCUGUUUCGGAUAGGAGUUGUUGGUGUUUGUUUCGGAUGUCGGUUUUGAAUCAGAAGCCGGGGAUGAACCAUAUACAUAGGGAUUCGUAUGGGCGCUUUGCUGCUGAUAAUAAAAGUGGGGAUAACACCAGUUUAGGGUGGAAUGAUUAUAUGAAAAUGAUGGAUUUUUCAGGGGCUGAUUCAGGGUUUUUGGUGGACGAUACAGCUGUGUUUAGCACGUCUUUUCAUGUUAUUAAGGAGCAUUGCAGCUUCUCAAAGAAUGGGGGGUUAAUUGGAGGUAGAGUUGUGAGUGGUGCUCGAAAAUCGGAUGGCCAUAUGGGAAAAUUCACAUGGAAGAUUGAAAACUUCACAAGGUUGAAGGAUCUUCUUAAAAAAAGGAAGAUUACCGGUCUUUGUAUCAAGAGUAGAAGGUUCCAAAUUGGAAACCGUGAUUGUCGCCUUAUAGUUUAUCCUCGAGGGCAGUCUCAGCCACCAUGUCAUCUUUCAGUUUUCCUAGAAGUUACUGAUUCACGAAACACUACAAGUGACUGGAGUUGUUUUGUGAACCAUCGUUUGUCAGUUGUCAAUCAAAAGAUGGAAGACAAAUCUGUUACUAAAGAAUCUCAGAAUCGUUACUCGAAAUCUGCAAAGGACUGGGGCUGGCGGGAAUUUGUUACUCUCACCAGUCUAUUUGAUCAAGACUCUGGGUUCCUUGUUCAUGAUGUUGUUGUAUUCUCUGCAGAAGUUUUAAUUAUGAAGGAGACAUCCAUAAUGCAUGAAUUUACUGAUAGAGAAAGUGAAUCUGGUAAUACUGGUCUUGUUACAGAUAAAUUAGGCAAAAUGAGUUCGUUUACAUGGAAGGUGGAGAACUUCUUGUCUUUUAAAGACAUAAUGGAAACUCGUAAAAUAUUUAGCAGAUUUUUUCAAGCUGGUGGUUGCGAGCUUCGUCUUGGUGUUUACGAGUCUUUUGACACAAUAUGCAUAUACCUGGAGAGUGACCAGUCAGUUGGCACUGACCCCGAUAAGAACUUUUGGGUCAAGUACCGGAUGGCUGUACUAAAUCAAAAGAAUCCGUCCAAAACUGUGUGGAAGGAGUCAUCGAUUUGUACGAAAACUUGGAAUAACUCAGUGCUUCAAUUUAUGAAGGUUUCGGAUAUGCUUGAAGCAGAUGCGGGAUUCCUUGUACGAGAUACCAUUGUCUUUGUUUGUGAAAUAUUAGAUUGCUGCCCAUGGUUUGAGUUUGCAGAUCUAGAGGUUUAUGCUUCUGAGGACGAUCAGGAUGCUUUGACAACUGAUCCUGAUGAACUGAUUGAUUCAGAGGACAGUGAAGGAAACAGUGGAGAUGAGGAAGACUUAUUCCGGAACCUUCUUUCUAGAGCAGGUUUUCAUCUCUCAUACGGUGAUAAUCCGUCCCAGCCCCAAGUCACUUUACGAGAAAAGCUUCUCAUGGAUGCCGGUGCAAUAGCCGGAUUCUUAACCGGACUUCGAGUUUAUCUCGACGACCCUGCGAAAGUAAAACGUUUGCUUCUGCCUACCAAGCUCUCCGGUACCAAUGACGGGAAGAAAAUCGCUAAAACCAAUGAAUCUUCACCGAGUCUAAUGAACCUUUUAAUGGGAGUCAAAGUUUUACAGCAGGCGAUCAUUGAUUUGCUUCUUGAUAUCAUGGUGGAGUGUUGCCAACCAUCAACAUCCGAAGAUGAUUCCUCUGAUAGACCUUCUCCGGAUGAUAAUUGUUCUCCAGAACCUUCACAUCUUCAUGUAAACGACCGGCUGGAUUCCGGUACAGAUGAUAUCUCUACUGCUUCAGCUGUACAAAGCUCAGACAUGAACGGAAAUCACGCAUCUGAAAAAAGCUACACUUCUUCUCCACCUGAAACCAGCGCUGCCGCUACUUCAUCAGAGAGUUCAUCCCUUCGCUCUAAGGCUAAAUGGCCGGAACAGUCGGAGGAACUAUUAGGAUUGAUUGUGAACUCGUUAAGAGCGCUGGAUGGAGCUGUUCCGCAAGGCUGUCCUGAGCCAAGACGAAGACCGCAUUCUGCACAAAAGAUUGCUCUUGUAUUAGACAAGGCUCCUAAACAUCUGCAACCGGACCUUAUUUCUCUUGUUCCGAAAUUAGUUGAGCAUUCCGAACAUCCACUUGCUGCUUCUGCACUCUUGGAUAGACUUGAAAAGGCAGAUGCAGAACCCGAUUUACUACUACCGGCUCUUGGUGCCCUUAUCCAGUUGAAAUGCAACAGUGAAGUAUGGGAACGAGUUCUGUUUCAAUCUUUUCAACUUUUGGAAGACUUGAAUGAUGCAGCUCUUGCAGCAACAGCCGACUUUAUCUUUAAAGCUGCAUUGCACUGCAAGCAUCUUCCAGAAGCAGUCAGGUCUGUCCGUACACGGUUGAAACAUUUGGGUGAUGAAGUUUCCGCUUGUGUUCUUGAUUAUUUAAGUCGAACGGUAGCAAGUUGUACUGAUGUUGCUGAAGCUAUAUUAAAAGACAUCGAAAAUGAUGACGAUUAUGUCGAAAUUGGCCCAUCAAUGCCUUGUGGAAUUUACUUAUUUGGUGAAAAUGGAACAGACGAUCAAACGUUCGCUGCUCCUACUGCUAAUUUUUCCGAUAUAUACAUGUUAUUAGACAUGUUGUCCAUCCCAUGCCUUGCUGCCGAAGCUUCCCAAACAUUUGAGAAAAUUGUGUCUCAAGGUGGAAUAUUGGCGGCAUCAGUGGCAAUGGUUUUGGAAAGACGGCUGGCUCGGCGGUUAAACAUAACAUCAAAGUUUGUUGCUGAAAAUCAUCAGCAUGAGCAAGUGGCUGUUGAAGGAGAAACCAUAGAACAGUUGAGAGUGCAAAGAGAUGAUUUCACUUCUGUUCUUGGUCUAGUUGAGACAUUGGGGCUCUCUAGAGAUCCCGGUGUGAUAGGAUUUGUGAAAAUGCUUUAUGCUAUAUUGUUUAAGUGGUAUGCUGAUGGGCCCUACAGGUUGAGGAUACUGAAGAGGCUCGUUGACCGAGCCACUAGUACUACAGAUACUAGCCGAGAAGUAGAUUUAGAUUUGGAAAUUUUGGUAUUCCUUGUUUCUGAGGAACAAGAAUUUGUUAGACCGGUUUUAAGCAUGAUGCAGGAGGUUGCUGAUCUGGCAAACGUUGAUCGUGCUGCUCUUUGGCAUCAGCUGUGUGCCAGUGAAGAUGAAGUUAUACGCAUUCGUGAAGAAACCAAAGCUGAAGUUUGUAGUAUGGCUAAAGAGAAGGCUGUUCUGGUUCAAAAACUGAGCGAUGCUGAGGCCACUAAUAGUCGUCUUAAGAUUGAUAUGAAGGCUGAAAUGGAUCGAUUUGCUUUGGAGAGAAAGGAAAUGUCUGAACAAAUGCAAGAACUUGAAAGUCAACUUGAAUGGCUUCGCUCAGAACGUGAUGAUGAAAUUGUUAAGCUUACCACUGAAAAAAAAAUAUUCCAAGAGAGGCUUCAUGAUGCAGAGGCACAACUUUCUCAAUUGAAAUCCAGGAAACGCGAUGAGUUGAAGAGGAUAACAAAGGAGAAAAAUGCUCUUGCUGAAAGACUACGGAAUGCUGAAGCUGCAAGGAAAAGAUUUGAUGAUGAACUGAAACGUUAUGCAACGGAGAAUGUCAGUCGAGAAGAAGUCAGGCAGUCACUGGAGGAUGAAGUUCGAAGAUUGACUCAGACUGUUGGUCAAACCGAAGGGGAAAAGCGUGAGAAAGAGGAACAAAUUGCUCGUUGUGAAGCAUAUAUCGAUGGGAUGGAAUCCAAGUUGCAGACUUGCGAGCAAUACAUCCACAGUCUGGAGGCAUCACUUCAAGAAGAAAUGGCCAGACAUGCGCCUUUAUACGGUGCAGGGCUCGAGGCUCUAUCAAUGAAGGAGCUCGAGACAAUCGCCCGCAUACAUGAAGAAGGGCUUAGACAAGUUCACGCACUCCAACAACGCAAGGGGCCCAGUCCAGCUGGCAGCCCUCACGGUCACAGCUUAUACGCAGCAGGUGCACCAAGUCCAAUGGCGGUUGGACUUCCUCAAAAUGGUAUGGGGGUUCAUGGCAAUGGACAUGCAAAUGGUGCAAUUGGACCUUGGUUCAACCAUUCUUGAACCACCUGAGAUUUAAAGAGCGAUGUUGUUUUGGCAUUUUGGCUGGUAAGACUAUUGGAAUCAUAAAGAGAUCAAUAGAAGUAACAUUAAAGGAAAUGUUUUUGGAGUUUUCCAUUUCUUAUUAGUUAAUUCAAAAGCAUCUAGAGAAUUUUUGGUUA